GUGACGCCAUCACUCAGCGACGGCGGCGGCGGCGGCUUCGGGCGCCCUGGUCCCGGAGUAGAAUUUGGAGGGGUCCAAAACCACAUAAUGUCAAUAGUUCGUUCAUCCGUCCAUGCCAAAUGGGUUGUGGGGAAAGUGAUUGGGACAGCGAUGCAGAAAACGGCUAAAGUGAGAGUGACCAGGCUUGUUCUGGAUCCCUACUUAUUAAAGUAUUUUAAUAAGCGAAAAACUUACUUUGCUCACGAUGCCCUUCAGCAAUGCACUGUUGGGGACAUUGUGCUCCUCAAAGCUUUGCCCGUCGCACGAACAAAGCAUGUGAAGCAUGAAUUGGCGGAGAUCAUUUUCAAAGUUGGCAGAGUCAUAGAUCCAGUGACAGGAAAACCCUGUGCAGGAACUGCCUACCUGGAGAGUCCACUCAGUUCGGAACCUACUAAUGUAUCCAAAAGUUUGGAAGAACCGUCUGUCACUUCAAUGCAGUGAAGCAUCUAGAAGCCAAAGGGAAAGACUCAUAUGUUUGCUUUAUAACUCAUUACGGACUGUCAGUUUCUCUUGGGGGACUUGCAAAAGCAAGAAGUGAAUGAGGUAAAAGGGUUAUAAUUUUCUAUGAGGUUUAUGGUCAUGUGUCAGUUUCUUUCCAGUGAAUAUACUUUCAGAUUACACUGUG